GGAAUACAUUAGACAAAUAGAUAUACAUAUUAAGUAGUUUGGGCCAGUUCUCACAUCCGUUAACAUCACUGUUUAUAGAACGUUGACGCUGAAAGCCACUUGGUCUUAAGGGAGCCCCGACCGAUAAUCAACGUCCGUUGCACUAAUAUGUAAUAUAUUAUAACUGUAACAAGCCAGAAGCCUUAGGGACAAGCCUUUCGUGACAGCCCCGGACCAAGUGCUUCAGAAAUAAUGAACUCAGCAGACGACUUCCGGAGGUCCAUAGAGGCCAGCUUGCCUCCUCUUACACAAUACAGUGUCCAAACUGGCGCACCAGGGGUCUAUGGUGCCUUUGGUUGGGGAUCAAUGCUGGCGGCCGGUCGACAACAAGAAGCGGACAGCAUCCGUGCAUCCCGUGCCUCUUACGAUGCCUCAACAGGAUUAAGGGGCUCCCAGGAGCCUGACGUGAGCUUAAGUGCCUCGCUGCGGAAUUCCUUCACGCAGUAUCCAGCUGUCGAUGUCCAAGGGGUCCGUGAUUCCUACCAAACCCAAGCGAACUCCAAUGGUAACUCGGCGCCAGCCUUCAACAGCGUUAUGAAGCAGCCUGUUGACAAUGGUGUCGACCUCCCUCGGCUUCCUGCUGUGGAUCGCUUUCCGCUUGCACAGCAACAAACCCCUGCACACCUUCAGCACGAGCGACCGCUGACACCUACACAGCAGGUGGCCAGCACGCCUACAGCUCCUGUUGCCUACAGCUCCACGCCAGGCAUCGGAAUGGAUGGUACCGUAAUGGUGCAGGCCACGGCCUCGCCAACCAAGGGCCUUUACCCUUGCGUGCCGUGCGACCCACAACAGACUGUGCAUGCAACACCAUGCGAGGACAUGGGAGAACGCUACCAUCUUGCAAGAGUGCAAGGCCCGCCAGACAGCCCUGUUUCCGUUCGGACGGCAUGCACAGAACCGAGCGCAGCGCAUGGUGAACAUGGCCUGCCUUACCCACAGCAGCCUUACCCGCAGCGGCCACAACCAAGCCCUCAGGCGUACCACCCUAGGCAGCAACCCUUCCAGAUGCCGCCUGGUCAGCCUGGAUACGGCGCCACGGGUGCGCUUCAGGGCAAAGUGGUUCACAUGCGGAGGACCGAGGCCUGGACAAAGUACAUUGCGUACGAGGGGUGCUUGCAGGUUUGCAUGACGGAGCGGGAGCGCAACGGCAACAUGAACGCACAGCACUUCCUGGCAGGUGCCUUCUCAGCAUUGCGUAAGGACCUCGGCGUCGACGGCCUGCUGCUGACCCAGAUCAUGGGAACGCCCCCGUUGGCAGCUACCGGCUCAGACGGAGGGAUCAAUGACAUCUGCUGGGACGACAUGGAGCCAACUGAGAAGCGGCUGAACACCGUUGCCUUCGCCAAUGCUACCGCUUCGUCGCACAUGCGGAUACGGUGCCAGCGGCUGAGCCUGCCCAGCGCCACCGUGCUGCAAAAGCUGUGUGGCCGGGCCCGGUGUCACCUGGUCCUGUCUAGCUUAGCGGGUGUCACGGUGCACCUCACGCCCAACGACGAGAGCUGCGAUCCGGCAUCCUUUGUACUGGAUAGCCAAGGUGCCGGUGUGCAGCAGGGCCAGGCGCUUGUUUUCCAGCUGGACAGCCAGGAGCAGAACGCAUCGCAGUGCCCAGCUACACCGCAGCAGGUGUAUAUCCACGUGGACGGACCUAAAGGGCCAAUCGCGACCGGCAGUGUGCCGUACCGCGAACUUGUGCGGUUGGCGAUGCAGCAACGGGAGCCGGUGGACGAGGCGCGGGCGACCAGCAGCUCCGUAGGAGCGUCGUUGGAGGUUCAGGUCCGAGGCACUGGCGAGCAUGCCGGCAAGGUGGCCAACGUCGUCAUCGCGGUGACGCGCGUGCGGAAGGACGUGCAGGGAUAUGACAUGGCGCAAGUGGCCUCGGACGGCGUGGGCGUUGAGUCGGUCAACAAGAACACGCUGCGGACAAACGCCUGCCUCGCAUACGACGCAGCACUCUCAGCGGCGCUGAGUGCCACCGGUUGCAACCGCCACAAGCUGCUGGUGGACGGCCCGUGGGAAUGGCUGCUUGGCAACUUCGCCUCGUACUUUGGCGUGAGAUCAUUCUACUGCACGCUGGCGCAUCUGAGGUGGGUGCUGAAGCCGGGCGUGGCCACCAUCAGCAGCAUGUGCCUGGACGUCAUCUCGUCAGAGCUGAAGCCGCUGCUGGAGCAGUCGGCGCUGAAGGGCCUCACCACGCACGAGAGCACGCUGCUGGAGGGUGUCCAGAAGGCGGUGGAGAUGCUGCUGGAGGUCGCCUUUGAGAACUACUACGCGCUGGGAGACGACCAGUCACGGGAGGCCAACGGAAGCGAGACGCCACGCGCGCAGGGCGCAACGGUCUGGCGGCCCACUGUCCUGAUGGCCAGCUUCCGGCUGUUCCGCGCCAUGAAGGACGUGUUCCUGCCGACCGAUCAGGACUGGCUGAAUACGCACUUCCGCGUCGCCGCGAAGAAGCGCUGGCAUUACCUGGAGGGCAGCUACGGCUACGAGCAGCUGCGUGACGUGCCGCGUGCGCAGCAGCCGCAGCCACCGCAGCAGCAGCGGCAGCCGGUAGCGUCCAAGCUGGGCCCCAGCACGAACACGCACGACCCCUACUACAAGAUGGCGGAGAAGAUGAGCAUGGCCAUCCGCAGCGACCUCGAGUUCGACAUGUUCCUGCAGAAGCUGCCGGACCUCCUGCCCAGCGCGCUGAACCUUCCACGCAUCACCGCGGAGGAGUACAUGGCCAACUUUGUGGAGCUGCUGCGCAACAUGCUGGCGAAGUGCCCGCCACUGGUGCCGUCCCCUGCAGCGGUUGACUUGCUGGUCGCUACUGCCUCCCUGCAGCGGUACCUCCAGGAGACCCAGCUCUACAUGCCGCAUCAGCACCCGGGCCGGCUGGAUGCCAUGGAGCUGUGGCGCCCGCACGUCCUGUACUGGAUCGACAACAGCCGGCGUGGCCUGUGCGGCCACUGUGUACGGCUGGAGACGGAAGCCAAGCUCAGCGCGGCGCACCUGGCGCGUGUGGAUGUGGCCAAGAUGCCUGGCAUGAUUGAGGGCAUCGAGGGUGCUGUGGCGCCGCUGGUGCACGACAUGCUGGACCGUACCUGGGCCGAGCUGAUGCUGUACGAGCGCGUGGUCAAGAACUGGUCGUUGUUUGGGCCGCACCUGGAGGCGGCGCUGUGCGACGUAUUGCGCACAGUGCAGGGGUCUCUCAACCGCAUCUGCGCGGGAGCAAGCAACACUGCCAUGACCCAGCAGCCGGGCCCGAUGGCUGCAGGAGGCUCUCCAAACACCCAUACGAUUGCCGGCCACCGCCGGAUGCCCACCGCGCCUAGCGCAUCGCCUAGCAUGGGGUUUGGCGGCCCAGCUACCGGCAUGCACGGACGCAACCUGUCCAACCUGCCGUACGGUGCGGGCGGUCCCGGCCGUGGGAGCCCCGGCGUGCCCAUGGUCCCCCAGUACCCGGGCGCGGGUAUGGCCGGCGGGGCUCUGCUGGGCGGCCGCAAUGCGGUGCUCCUCAAGGAGGCCGUGCUGCUGAACUCGCUCAAGGUGCUGAUGGUGAUGGUGCCGUCUAUCGAGGACAUCAUUUCCAAAUGGUGCGGAGGCCACUCCGUGGCGCCGCCCGGACCACCGCACUCGAACGGGCUGGAGGGCGCUUUGGAUGACGAUCUCGCCACGCACAUCGGGGCGCAGUUUGCAAUGGCUGUGAAGGAGCUGCGCACGGAUUACGCGGAGGGAGUAGCCGCCUGCGCCGAGCGCAUGGCCAACCACAUCCGCGCAACACCCGCCACCAACAUCAAGGCGGCGCUCAACCAGCCUAAGCCGCCUACCGACAUGCACGUCGGCUACCAGCAGGUGUCCACCGUUACGCAGCAGAGAGACUUUGUGGAGGGGCUGAUGCGUCCCAUCCUGGCGGCUUGCGACGAGGCUCUCCAGGGACUGCGGGCCGCACUGGAUCCCCGCGUGUUCGUCGCGACUGGCCGCGCGCUGUGGGACUGCAUGGGCAAGGACCUCUUCGAGUUCGUGCACUUCCUCCAGGAGAGCCAGGACAACAAGGGUGCCUGGCGGCUGCGGCAGCACGCCAACAUCGCCCUGACGCACCUGUGCGAGUUCUUCCGCUCGCGGCUGGCGGCGUCGAUGGAGCACUGCAUUGGCGACCGCGACCUGGACCUCCCCAUCAACGUGGACAAGGCGCAGAAGCUGCUGGCGCAGAACACCGCCGUCGUCAACAUCACCCUGAACCCCAUCUGAGGUCCUUCAGUUCGUGUCCUGCCGCAAGCGGUGCUGGUACUUCAUGGCGUUGCUGCUGGCGCUCUUUACUGUUUUGUAGGAGGAUGGUGCUUCCCUAAGAAGUACGUGCUUAUAGAGUGAGCCCCUUUGCUGAGUUGGGUCGUUUGCUGUUCCGCGUCAAGACAUUCUUUGCGCCGUAGUUUUCUGGGUCGUUUGCUGUUCCGCGUCAAGACAUUCUUUGCGCCGUAGUUUUCUGGGUGGGGUAACUGCUUUUGCCUCGGCUUCAUUAAGCCCAACGUCUUGCAGAGUUCUAAUUUCAGUAGUGGUGGGUGAGUGCUCCUGCGUGCUAUCAUGGGCGAAGGGAAGAGGUGUUAGCCCUAGACUGCGGGCUUGUUCUGUUCUCGCACGUUUUCGUACCAAACGUACGACUAUGCCUGAUAGGAGGGAUUGUACUGUAUGAGCAUAGCGCCGGUAGUUGACCCCCUAAACACUUCUUGCCUGGCACCAAGCCAUACGUGCUUACUG